UUUUAUCAUCAUUGGGCCGGUGUUGAUGACAGCCCACGGGCUCGGAGGCUGGGAAUGGAAGCAAGUUUUCAAUAAACAUUUUGGCGCCAACGUGUAUUUCUUUUCUAAUUUUUGUUAGCAAAUGAAUCGGAAUCGAAAUUAAAAUCUGAACUAUCGAAUGGCAUCCAAUAACCCCUAUGAGAUCAUGGACGAUGAGGGCUUUGAUUGGGAAGCUGCUGCCAGAGAAAUCGACGUAGUUUGCCAAAUGACCAGUGACGCAAAGGAAAAGGGAAAGGUUUCUGAGAAGAGAAAGCAAUCCACUCUCGAUACGUUCGUGUCUAUUGCCAAUGCCAAGAAGGAAACUCCAACCCCGCAAUUCCAAGAAGACGAUGAAGGAUCUACCUUCUUCCACCACAUUGACACGGAGGCAGCCAAAACUUGGAUAUAUCCAAUCAAUGUUCCUCUCCGUGACUACCAAUUUCAUAUUACUCAGUCUGCACUCUUUUCAAACACAUUGGUGACCUUGCCCACAGGACUAGGCAAAACUCUCAUUGCAGCCGUUGUUAUGUAUAACUACUUCAGAUGGUUUCCUCAAGGAAAAAUAGUCUUUGCUGCUCCUUCUCGACCACUUGUCAUGCAGCAGAUAGAAGCAUGCCAUAAUAUUGUGGGAAUACCUCAAGAAUGGACAGUUGAUAUGACUGGUCAACUAAGUCCUCCCAAAAGAGCUCAAUUUUGGAAAACAAAGCGAGUUUUCUUUGUCACUCCACAAGUGUUGGAAAAGGAUAUUCAUUCCGGUACAUGUUUGGUGAAGUACUUGGUAUGUUUGGUGGUUGAUGAAGCUCAUAGAGCAAUGGGAAAUUACUCUUAUUGUGAAGCAGUUCGUGAGUUAAUGGCUGUACCAGUGCAGCUGAGAAUAUUGGCGUUAACUGCAACACCUGGUGCAAAGAAGCAGACCGUCCAGGCUGUCAUUGAUAAUCUGCAAAUCUCAAAGCUCGAAUAUCGUAGUGAAACUGACCAUGACGUUAUCUCAUAUGUUCAUAAUAGGAGGGUAGAGUUAAUACAGGUUGCAAUGGGCCAAGAUGCUGUAGAAAUAAACAGUAAGUUUAUGGAAGUAAUACGCCCUAUAGUAGCUAAGCUUACAAAUAUUGGUGUCAUUCAGAAUAGAGAUUACCGCACUUUGAGCCCUUGUGUAUUGCUUGAGAUAAGGGAAAAGUUUCGUCAGGGGCCUAGACAAGAUCUUUCUCAUGUCAAUUAUGAAGAUGUUGAAGGGUAUUUUGGAGUUCUUAUUACUCUUUAUUACAUCCAUAAGCUGCUUUCAAGUCAUGGAAUAAGGCCAGCAUAUGAGAUGCUUGAAAGAAAACUGAAGCAAGGGUAUUUUGCAAAAUUUAUGAGUAAAAAUGAAGUUAUUGUGAAAGCAAGGCAACUGAUGCAGCAAAGCUUGUCUCAUGGAGCAUCAAGUCCCAAGUUGUCGAAAAUGCUAGAAGUAUUACUGGAGCAUUUCAAAACCAAUGAUCCUCAAAGUUCCAGGGUAAUUAUCUUCUCCAAUUACAGAGAAAGUGUUAGGGAUAUAAUGGAUGCACUUGGAGGUAUUGGGGAAUUAGUCAAAGCUACCCAGUUUAUUGGUCAAAGUUCAGGGAAAGCAAUGAAAGGUCAGUCCCAAAAAGUUCAACAGGCUGUGCUGAAGAAAUUUCGGUCUGGAGCCUACAAUGUCAUUGUUGCUACAUCAAUUGGCGAAGAAGGUCUUGAUAUCAUGGAAGUUGAUCUUGUCAUAUCUUUUGAUGCUAAUAUUUCACCACUUAGAAUGAUUCAGCGAAUGGGAAGAACUGGAAGAAAGCAUGAUGGACGAGUUGUAGUUUUAGCUUGUGAAGGGACAGAGUUGAAGGGCUACUUGCGAAAACAGACAAAGAGCAAGACUAUAAGUAAACACAUGCGAAAUGGGGGAAUAAAUAGCUUUGACUUUCAUCCUAGUCCCAGGAUGAUUCCCCACAUCAUUAAACCUGAAGUUCAAUAUGUUGAGCUGUCCAUUGAGAAAUUUAUUCCUCGUCAAAAGAAUGUUAAAGAUGACCAACUUCACAUUUCUCCAUCAAAGGACAAACUCACUGUUGCUGAAAAUGAUUUACUUGAAGCAUAUUUUCAUCCUACUGGGGAAAACAAAUGUAGACUCUCUCUUAUUGCCUUUCCCCACUUUCAGACAUUUGCUUCUAGAGUGCAUAAAGUGAAGCACUCCUGUCAAACAUCGAUGCUUAUAGACAUGAUGCAGCGUUUACAGGGAUCAGUAUCAUUUCAGGGAGACAGCAAAACUUCUUCACUUCAGGCAGGUCUGUGUUUAGAACAUAGUAAGCCAAUCGCUGUUACCAAGCUUGAUAAAGCUAAAAAAGACAAUGAACCAUGCACAAGGCACACUAUGGGAACGGAUGUGAUCUCUGUUAAUUGUCUAGAGCUGGAUUCUUGUCAUUUAGAGAUUCAGACCAAAGACUUUGUUGAUCUAACACUACAAGAUAGCAUUUUAUGUGACUUGGGUAAGCAUCAAGAGGAAACAUGUGAGGGUGAUGAGACAAUUCCUGAGACUCCACUUGCUAAGAGAAGCUUGUCAAAUGGAGACAAUGCUUAUGAAAUGGUAAAUUUUGAGGAGAUGGAGACCUCUUUGUUGGUUCCAGAUGCAUGCACUAAUGGCAUGAGAGAUGAACAACUUAGUCCUCGUUUAACUAAUUUUAUUAGAAACGGUGUUGUUCCAGAGUCUCCCAUUGCAGAAAGAGGUGGUUGUCUUCAAGGAAAAUCAAGAAACAAGUCUGUCAUACGAGACUUUAUUUUGCCUGUUCAUCUCCAGGAAGAACAGGAUGUUGGUUCUUUAAGUUCUAGGGAAAAUAAGAAGGCCAUCAUUGAUAAUGGCACCAGUAAGCAGGUCUGUACUUCCCCUGUUGUUAAUGAAACUCAGUCACCUUUACUUGAGCUGAAAAAUUGUGCUGUUAGAAGACGACGAAUCUUCCUUUCUCCAACUGAGGAAGGCCAUACUCAUUUCACGGACCCUAGCUUCAGUGAAGAAUCACAUGCAGCUUGUGGUGAAAUGUCUGUAAGCAUUAAACCUGCACGCAAGUUUAAAAGGUUGCGGAAAGCUGAAGAUACUGAAAGUAAUAUGAACCUGAAAAACAAUAAGCUUUUUGCUUCAAGAGCAAACUUUCUCAAAUCAUCUUCUGCCUGCAAUCCCGCACAACAUGAGCAUGGCCAAGGUAAAAGGAAAUCGACACACAAUGUGAGAGACUUCAUUGAGGAGGAAGCUGAGGUAUCUUCAGGUGCCUGUGUAUCUAACGAUGAAGAUGACGAUGAUGGCAAUUCAUUGGACAGCUUCAUAGAUGACAGGACCAACCCUACAGCAGCCAGUCAGCCUGAAGCUUGUAGAUUGGACAUGAUGGCAAUUUACAGGCGUUCUUUACUCAGUCAAACACCGUGUAAUGGACGGCUUGAUUUUUCUUCCAACUUCAGUCCUGACCAUGUCAUUAUGGAAGCCAGUAUUAGUGAAAGUGGGGAUUCUUCAGGCAAGACCGUGACUUAUUUCCAGACAAAGCCAACCAAUCAGUCAGCUAAUAGGACUUCGGAAUCUGUUUGUAUCGACCAGAUAACCUCAGAAGCACUACCUUCAACUUGUUCACCAACUGGAACCGGGACAGAGAUAAGAAGUAGCAAACGAAGAUUGGCAUUUUAUCAUUCUGGGCGCUUCCCAAAUAUGAACCUUGAACGAGAAUUUGCACUUCAAUCAAAGAAAGAAAUAGUGGAUGCCGAUACGACUACAGAUAUUCUAUGUGAUGAUCAAUUUUAUAAUGACCUUAAUCUUGACGAGUUGGAGGCGCAAGCUACUUCUCUUCUUAAACGGAAAUUAGAUUUGUCAAUUCAGAAGCAAGAUACAGUGUCUCACACAUCCAACCUUGAUACUUUUAGGUCUCCAUCAUUUGACCUUGGGAUAUGAAAAAGCAUAAGUGCUGAUGCUGCUCGCUACUUGCAUUCUGGAGAUUAAUUAAUUUAUGUAGCACAAGCUGGUCACCAGUAAUUUUUGGGACUCCAUAUUUAUAAGGGUACAGUUGUAUAGUUAUAGCAGUCGUAGUGGGAGCGUGAACCUUGUAGCCGAACUAGAUUGGUUCGGCAGAUAACGCUGUUUGGAAGAGGGUGAUAGGGUAUAAGGCUUCCUC